CCACCCACCACUUCGGCCAGUAAGGAGCAGUCGCCCAACUACACACCCCUCAUCCGGGUGGAUCACCCCGGACGCAGGUAUAUAUACAUUGUUCUGUAUGUACAACCCCGAUGAAGGCUACAGGCCCAAACACCUUGGUUUUAAUAACGAGAGAUAUUUAUAGUGUGACUGUAAUGUGGGAGUUUUAUUUUGAGAUCUGUUAUUCUGGCUCUUGGGGCAAGAGCAAGGGUUGAUGGAUAAUGCUUCAGUCUUGAGUUUGGAGUGGUUGCAGGAGCCACGCUGCAUGUCUCACUAUUAUUAUUUUGUCACUAGGAAGUUGUGUAGCACUCAGAUAUUAAACAUUGAGUCUUACACUGAGUCACACUGUCCCUGGUUCCUCAUUCUUAUCAUUGGCCCUCCAUUGUCCUCCAAGAGUGUCUGAAUCUCCUCUUCUCUUCAGGGAGAGUGCCGCCAGCAGCCAGGUGUCUCUGAGGAAGAGCUCUUGGUACACAGACGACCCAGAGUACUCCCAGAGGACCUACUCCCCCAUCCAUCUCCAGGUGCCCCCAGAGUACCAGAUUAAUAUAGAGGCGAAAGAAACGCACACUGAGUACCGCCAGCAGCACCAUCAGAAGAGCGCCACUAGCUUGGUGGAGGCGGUGAGUCCAGGGCAGGGCAUGGGAGGGUGGGUUGGUGGCCUUCAGGCUUGAACCAGUGGACUAGCGGACCGGACCAUGGCUGAAGUCAUUUAAAUUUAAAUUAAUUCAAGUCAGGAAUUGAACUUACAUGAAAAUAUAAUUGGUUGAAAUUAAAUGGAAUUGACCUUAGUGUAGGGGGAAAUGUGCUCUUGAGUUGGUACAGUGCAUUCGGAAAGUAUUCAGACCCCUUCACUUUUUCCAUAUUUUGUUACGUUACAGCCAUAUUCUAAAAUGGAUUCAAUUAUUUAAAACGGAAAUAUCACAUUUACAUAAGUAUUCAGACCCUUUACUCAGUACAUUGUUGAAGCGCCUUUGGCAGCGAUUACAGCCUCUACUCUUUUUGGGAAUGAUGCUCAAGCUUGGCACACCUGUAUUUGGGGAGUUUCUCCCAUUCUUCUCUGCAGAUCCUCUCAAGGUCUGUCAGGUUGGAUGGGGAGCGUCGCUGCACAGCUAUUUUCAGGUCUCUCCAGAGAUGUUCGAUCGGGUUCAAGUCCGGGCUCUAACUGGGCCACUCAAGAACACAAAAAUGUAUGCACGCAUGACUGUAAGUCGCUUUGGAUAAAAGCGUCUGCUAAAUGGCAUAUUAUUAUUAUUAUUAUAACAUUCAGAGACUUGUCCUGAAGCCACUCCUGCGUUGUCUUGGAUGUGUGCUUAGGGUCGUUGUUCUAUUGGAAGGUGAACCUUCGCCCCAGUCUGAGGUCCUGAGCAGGUUUUCAUCAAGGAUCUCUCUUGCUCCGUUUAUCUUUCCCUCCAUCCUGACUAGUCUCCCAGUGCCUGCCGCUGAAAGAUAUCCUUCAUCGUAGGGAUGGUAUUGGCCAGGUGAUGAACUGUGCCUGGUUUCCUCCAGAUGUGACGCUUGGCAUCCAGGCCAAAGAGUUCAAUCUUGGUUUCAUCAGACCAGAGAAUCGUGUUUCUCAUGGUCUGAGAGUCCUUUAGGUGCGUUUUAGCAAACUCCAAGCGGGCUGUCAUGUGCCUUUUACUGAGGAGUGGCUUCUGUCUGGCCACUCUACCAUAAAGGCCUGAUUGGUGGAGUGCUGCAGAGAUGGUUGUCCUUCUGGAAGGUUCUCUUAUCUCUACAGAGGAACUCUGGAGCUCUGUCAGAGUGACCAUCGGGUUCUUGGUCACCUCCCUGACCAAGGCACUUUUCCCCCGAUUGCUCAGUUUGGCCGGGCGGCCAUCUCUAAGAAGAGUCUUGGUGGUUCCAAACUUCUUCCAUUUAAGAAUGAUGGAGGCCACUGUGUUCUUGGGGACCUUCAAUGCUGCAUACAUGUUUGGUACCCUUCCCCAGAUCUUUGCCUUGACACAAUCCUGUCUCGACACAAUCCAUCGACCUCAUGGCUUGGUUUUUGCUCUGACAUGCACUGUGAACUGUGGGACAUUAUAUAGACAGGUGUGUGCCUUUCCAAAUCAUGUCCAAUCAAUUGAAUUGUUGUAGAAGUUGUAGAAACAUUACAAGGUUGAUCAAUGGAAACAGGAUGCACCUGAGCUCAAUGUUUUAGUCUCAUAGCAAAGGGUCUGAAUACUUAUGUAAAUGUUAUAUUAAUGUUUUUAUAUAUAUAUACAUUUGCACAUAUUUCUAAAAAACAGUUUUUGCUUUGUCAUUAUGGGGUAUUGUGUGGAGAUUGAUGAGGGAAAAAAUGUGAAUCCAUUUUAGAAUAAGGCUGUCACGUAACAAAAUGUGGAAAAAGUGAAGGGGUCUGCACUGUAUAUGGAAGUCAUUAGUAGGCUAUCAUGUUAGUGAGUACAGUAUAUUACAGCUAGCCAGGGAGCGCAUUACAGGAAUGGCCACAGGUGUAGAUGGUUUGAACACUCAAAGUCAUUGAAUUUCAGAUUUGCAAACAUGCUUUAUUGCUAUUAAAAGUAACUUAAAUGAGCCACGUAAACACAAUGUGGUCUAUUUUCUCCUGUCGCCGGGCAGGUGUUGAUAUCAGAGGGGCUCGGAAGAUACGCCAUGGAUCCAAAGUUCGUGGCCGCCACCAAGCACGAGAUAGCGGACGCGUGCGAGAUGACCAUCGACGAGAUGGAGAGCGCGGCCAGCCACCUGCUGAACGGUGGCAUGGCGCCGGCGGUUAACGGGGUCAACGUGUACCCUGUCAUGAGCGAGCGGAACUACGACCUCCAAGACGCCACAGCCAGUUAUAGUGACGAGGAGCCGGAGGUGGAGCUUAGAGUGCCGUACGAGGAGGACCUGGCAGACGAGAUGAUCUGCAUCACCACUUUA